UAAAUAUUGAGUAGCUACCGUCUGUAACCCUCCUCGUCUUACCUAAAUACACAUUUAUAUUUCUCUAUAUUACCAACAACGAAUACUGCAAAAGCUGACUUUGACAAAGUCGAUUGCAGUAGAUCUGAAAAUUUUACAUUGAACAAUUGUUCAACAAGUGUUUAACUUUUUUUGAAUAUCGAAGAGAAAGAACAUUCAAAUAUGUAUUGUCUAUAUACUUUGAGAACAUGAAAUGAUCUUAAGUGUUAUUAUACUACCGAAUUGAAUAAGUUUUACGUUUAUUUUAUAACAUGAACAGUAAAUAUAAAAUAAAUUGAUUGUAUUUUAUUAUGUGAGUAUAGACAGAUUGCAAAGCCAAAAGAGAGAGACAUAACAUUAACGACUGUGAAUUGAUAUUCAUACACACAUUCCAAAAUCUUGAGUCGUGUUUCUAUCUAAAAACUCGAUUAGUCAUAAAUAGAAGUACUGUAAUAUCAUAACCAUAUUUUAUUUUAUUUUCUUCCUCUGACAGUAGUUAUAUUUCGUAAUUAUUCAACGUAUGAGAUCAGACAAUAUAAGGAAGAUUAACUUUUCUCUUCUCGAGAAUACAAUUACCAUUGAAACUCGUUUGUAAUAACGUAAUUUAAAUAUAUAUACAGUAUAUAUAUAUAGAUAUCUUUAGAGUGAUUCAAUCUCACUUAGACGCGAGGCUGAGCUACAAAUCAAACAUAUAUGCACAGCAUACAUGUAUAAUUUAUAUCUGGCACUUGGUAAAAAGGAUUACUUCUUGAACUCUUGGCUUUUAUACUUUGAAAAUAUCCUUGAUAAAAGCUUGACAGAACACAGUAAGAAACACUCUUCAAACUCGUUUGUAAAGCGUAUAAAUACAAUGAGAUUAUCACCCGUUUUAAUUAUUUUUGGUACACUGUUUGUUUUAAUCAAUACAAAAUCGGCAAUAAUAUCUAUAGAUGGAAAAACAGUAAAAUAUUCUGGAGAUAGUUUGAAUGUAGUUAUUGAAUAUGUAAAUAAAGAUUUAUUUUGUCGAAUUGAUUCAGCUUAUUUGGAUCCAUGUUUUACAUUAGUUGGAGCUUCGUCAGCUAUUAUAACUCCUUUAACUGGAUCGGCUAUAUUUACACUUGAUAUACUACUCGAUGAAAAUGUUAUAAACCAUGAGAAUAAAACUAUUAAAGUCACUUGUAAUUUUAAUGAAGGAAUCUUUGAAGAAACUCUAUCAGUUAUGAUUGCAAAACGAAAUCCCAAGUACGAUGUUGGACCAUUCUUUAUGCAAACUGUAUAUGAUUUCUCUCAUGGAGUAUAUUCUGAUAUUUGCUACUAUUUAAGUUCAUUUUGUAAGAAGAGGCAUUUAAAACUUUAUCAGGAUCGUCAAAAGAAAUUCUCUAUUCAAGCUCUCCUCUCAAAGCAAGGGAAAAUCAGCAAUGUAUUUAUUAAUUCUACAUUUAUGAAUAUUAAAAUAAGUCCACGUGCAAUAAUUGUUGAUAAAUAUUAUAGUAUUGACUGGAAUGAUUGUCUAGAGGUAUUUCAGUUGAACUCGCCAAAAAUUUCUCUUUUCUGCUAUGAUAAUACCUUGAAGAUAAAGUUAAUUGAUCCAAAUUCAACUGGCGGAUAUCCGCAGAUAACGUUUAGAAAACUAAAACUCGAUAAAUUGAAUUACUAUAUUGAGAUUUAUUCAAUUGCUGUAAACGAUUACCAAAAUGUUGAAGGUUUAUUUGGUCAAGUUGGUAAAAGUCAAUUUGAAUUUUUCAAACGUCAAGGAAGACGAAUGGUAAAUAAUAGCGAAUCUACUGACAAAACUACUACUUUAAGAGUCAAUAAGAAAUUAACAACAGCAAAAGAGAUUAAACAAGAUAAUCAAUUUUGCUGGCUGUUGAAUAUUCAAGAUCUAGUUAAUCUGCAGAAUUUCUAAUUAACAGUUUACAAAAGACUACCAUAAAUAACAGACAUAUCAGAUAAACUGUAAAUGCAAAUUCCAUAGUAUAUGUGUUUGUUUGAAAUGGCAUUUUAUCUUUUUUGUAUAUUUUAAAUAGUUAAUUGACGAGAAGAAAAUUGAAUUUUCAGAAUAAAAUGUUCAUAUUUUACAUUCCUUACUCUAAGUGUCGCGUAUAUCAAAUGGAGGGAAAAUUCUUCACCUUCUUUCACCUUGAAAUGAUACAUAUUUCUUAAAAUUACAUAAAAAAUCGA